GUGUAUUUAUUUUGGUCUUCAUUCAACGCCAACGAGCCUUUAGAAAAUUCUAUUGAAAGUCUAAUAUUAGACAUAUAAUCUUUGUUUUUCAUUUAGAAACGUAGAAAUAAUUUACAGGCUGAUAACGGCACAUGUAAAAGAUAAACACAAAGGAAGCGUAGAUUAUAACGAUAAACGUCCGUAUGCAGACGCGCUUCUAGUUACAUCCAUGUUAUUUCUGUUAGAAUCGAUAUGUUAGUGUUCACUUUGACUAUUUCUGGAAUUGUAUCAUUGGUGUCAUCAGAAAGCUGUUUCUACCGUCGAUGCCUUGGUUGUCACCCACAGGAGACAGUAUGGCCAGGUUCCUCGGUAGAAUGUCAGCCAUCGAACUGGGUGUCUGCCCAAUGGGUACACAAUCUCGGCCACCCCCCACCGUCUACGGGUUCAAUUAUACCUAUAGAAAUGCGAUGCUUAAAAAUGAUAGCAACGCCGGAUGAUAAGUCAUUUGGAAACACAGUGGAUACAAUUCGGGGAUGCGUGCCCAAGGCACAGGUGGACUCGGUGUGCAACGCUCUCGUCGCAGUGGAGAGAGCUCGGGGCCAUAGCGACGCGCGCUGCUUCAUCUGUUACGGCGACAACUGCAACCGUGCCAACUCGACCCAACCUCCCCUAAACUAUAUACUUUUACUCUCUAUCAUCCUAUACUUUAUUCUUAGGUGAUAUUCCCGUUUUAUUGAUAGGUAUUUUCUUAUGUUAUGCUUACUUGGGUAAAUAAAUAGUCGUAAAGUGAGCAUAAUUAAUGUGGGUAAGUAGUAUAUUAAUUCGCAUGUCUGCGAAACAUAAAAACCAAACAAAAUCACUGUUUGUAGUGUUCACACUCAUCCUCAGUAAGCCAUCUGCGUCAGUUAAAUUGUACCAAUCACACCAAUGAUGUUAGAAGAAAAAAGAGGUAGAUACGCUGAUACACAAACCGCAAGAGGCACGUUAAAACUAUGCUAAUUAGCAAACCUGAGCUCAGUCGCCGCACUGUCAUUGCGCCGUUGAUAACGCCACUGAAAUAUUAUUUGUGUGUCAGUUGUAAACCUCAUUUUUUGUCUCUCUUUUGAAUCACACAAAUAAAAUUAUACAAAAUUAAUAGCCAUUCUUCUAUAAACAUUCGCAUUCGCAACAAAGCUACAAAAUUUUCGCAAAAGCUUUAAGAAAAAAAAACCUAGGUAUUUAAAAAGGUUUAUCGAACAGUCAAAGCCUUCUAUAAAAAUAUUUUCAAUUUAAACUUUUUAGUCAGUUAUGGUAACACUGUAUAGUUAUAUAACUAGGUGUACAGUGUUGCUAUAUUAAUGCUUCAAACCAUCUUUUCAUCAUUAUGAGAGUAUAUAGAGUAGAAUUCUACAGAAAAACACCUACAAAAGGGCCGCUUGGCACUUUAAGUAUGGUCGCUUAACUAGAAUAAAUUUAUUUAUUCUAUGUAGGCGACAAAUAAAUAUUAUUUAUUUAUUAAUUUUAUCGACUGAUCAGAUGUAAUGUAUAAUAAUAAGUUUUAUUUCCGGUAUAAAAUAGAAUAAAAGAAGAAAAUACAAAUAUUAACUUUAUUAAAAUACAAAAGUGCAAAUAUAUUCGUUAAGCACC